UCCUUCGCUCCUUCCUUUUCCCAACUGCUCUCACAGAAUGGCUCCACUGAAGAAGGGUGAGAAGAAGAAGGGCCGUUCGGCCAUCAAUGAGGUGGUGACGCGCGAAUACACCAUCAACCUCCACAAACGCAUCCAUGGAGUGUCCUUUAAGAGGAGAGCUCCUCGUGCGCUGAAGGAGAUCCGUAAGUUUGCGGUGAAGGAGAUGGGCACACCAGACGUCCGCAUCGAUACACGUCUCAACAAGGCUGUGUGGGCUAAAGGAGUCAGGAACGUGCCAUACCGCAUGCGUGUUCGUCUCUCCAGGAAACGUAAUGAAGAUGAAGAUUCUCCAAACAAGCUGUACACAUUGGUUACAUACGUCCCUGUCACCGCGUACAAAGGUCUUCAGACUGUAAAUGUGGAUGAAAAUUAAGUUUGUCUUCAAGAUCAUUGAAAUAAAAACAUAAAAGAUA